UUAAUUCAUAAGGCAGAAGAAGACGAUGGAAGAUCAGGAGAUUUUUACAGAGAGCCAUGCUAAGUCUAUCCUCUCCACCAUGAAUACGCUGAGGAAGGAUGGCACUUUAUGUGAUGUGACCUUGAGGGUUCAAGGUCAAACUUUCAUGGCCCACAGAAUUGUCCUGGCGGCAUGUAGUGACUACUUCUGUGCAAUGUUUACAAACGAGAUGAGUGAGAAGGGCCAGUCCGUUAUCGAGUUACACGAGGUGUCCGCCAGUAUUAUGGACGUCCUGCUGGACUUUGUGUACACGGAGACGGUCAACGUUAGCGUAGAGAACGUCCAGGAACUGCUCCCAGCAGCCUGUCUUCUCCAGCUCACCGGUGUGAAGAAUGCUUGUUGUUCUUUCCUGGAAAAGCAGUUGGACAGCAGCAACUGUCUGGGGAUCAAGAUUUUCGCGGAGCAGCAUUCCUGCCAGGAGCUGUUUAAUGCGGCAGAAGUUUUCGGUUUGAAGCAUUUUGAGGAUGUGGUGGUACAGGAAGAGUUCAUGACCCUAACCAUUCACCAGGUGGAGUCCCUGUUUACCUGUAAUGAAAUCCAG